AUGACGGGACUUGAAGUAAAAAAGAAGAGAUCAGUCCUGAUCGUUUCAACCAACGGCUAUCAAAGUGUACGUUUACUGAAAGUAAUUGUACAAAUUCUUGAGGAUAAUGGAUUGAAAGCAAGUUCAUUUCGAGUAACGGCAGUCUUGAACAGACAUAGAAGUAAUUGCUGUAAUUGUGAUGGUAGCGAUAGUCAUUUUGAGCUCAAUAUAAAUAAUUUUAAAGAAACUUCUAGAGCACAAAAUAAAAGCCCUGUUAUAAAGAAAACGAAUUCUCACAAAAAUAGAUGUUUGCUGUCAGUGAAUUCUGAUUCGAAUUCAGACGUAGAAAAAAGAGACAUUUAUACGUCGCACAAAGUUAGAUACGCUACAAAUAAAAAUUUUCCAUCGAUGAACCACCAAAGAGACUCAGCGAACGGCAAUCGUAUUACAACCACGAUAGAACGUCGUCGGAAAAAAAAGAGCCACUGGCUUGCCAAAGACUUGACUUCUGCUGCGAAGGCAGAAAGAGUAACGUCGUCAUCUCAAGAAGCAGAUGCGACGAAACGCGUCCCAAGGAUUUCGUUUUCUCCGGGUAACGAGACUGAUUAUCGUCGAGAGAUCGACCGUCAAAUCGAGGCAGAUUUCGCCAAGAUAAAAGACAUCCUGAGGCUAGAAAAGAUUGACGUUACUUCAAGCGCGAUACCUCGAUGGUCCUUGAAUGCUGCAAAGUACAAUCGGCAAUCGGUCAGCCAGCCUACAAUCGAUACUCAAGAGCCCGAAACAAUAACAGAGAAGCGAGUUUGUAUAGCUCCGCACUGUCAGCAAGUUAUUCGGCACAGCUUGAGCUCAACGUCUUCGGAUUCCAAUGACCUCUCGGCAAAUUCUGAUGGCAACGUUACAAGCAAACAAAAUGGAAUUACGGAGGAGGCGGUAGUUUCUCGGAAAACCGUCGACGAGAAAAUGCAACAUGGAACUAACAACGAGAAGAAACUCGUUGGGCAAGCGUUGAUAUUUUUUAAUAAAGAUGCCUCGCCUUUUACUAUUGCGCAAAAAGCAAAUAACAACGAUGUCAAUAUAAAAUACUCUGUUGAGUCAAUAAGUCUCGGACUAGAUAAGCUCGUGAAAAUGGGUAAAGAGCUUAUGAAGAAAAAGCUGGAUAAUACCAGCCAAAAUAAAACAAAAAGGGCUGGUUUGUCGUGCAAAAAUUGUUUGAAAUGCGCGAAAGGAAAUAAUGAGACUUAUAGCGGGUUUGAGGAUGAUGAGGGUGCGAAGCUAGAAGAAGAGUUGAAAGAAUUACGGUCUUUGCAUAUUCAGCGAGAGCAAGGUUUUACCAACAGCGCAAAAAAUGAAAUGAGAUUUGCUGCCGGUGAUGCAUACAUAUUUAAGAAUGAUCAAGAUACACAGUUGAACAAUGAAUAUUCUCAAGGACACGUUCGACAGGCCAAAAGACGAUGCCGUCGCAAGAAACAUAAAUCACUUUCAACAUUGAAUACUUCUCUGAAAAAUAGUAUUCUAAUUCGAAAUGGAAAUUCACGUUACAAAAAUAUGAAAAAAUUUUCACCAAACUUCUGUAAUGAUGUUCAAUUAAGUAAUACAUUAGUCAAUGGUGUUACAAAAACAUCACCCCGGAUUAAAAAAAAUAAUCCGUUUAGGGAAUAUAAAGAGUGUGACGCGGAAGAAAAAUUACGUGCGGAUAAAAAGGACGUCGUUUACUUACAAAACAAAAUGAAAACUUCUAAAGAAAAACAUUUACCAAGCGAGAAUAAAGAAGUUAGAGAACGGAAAAUACAGAUUUCAAAGGUUUCUCACUUAAAAUUUGAUAAAAACUCGAAUCAGUCAAAUUUGCCUCGCAAAUCGAUUAACGUAAGAUCACACGAAGUUGGUAAAAGAAACACGUGCAAUGAGCAGCCUUCAUCGAUGGGUCAAUCAGUAAAUAGAUCUCAAUCUCAAAUGAGUAAAAAAAACAAACUUCCGCAAUCUCUUUCCAAUCGGAAAUUAAAAAGCGUCCAACCUAACGAAAUACUGCACGAAGCUUUUCCAACGACUAAGAACACACUUCUCAGAGAUAUUAGUAAUUAUUAUGACUAUGACGAUCUGGAGAUGCCGACAGAUUCGCUCGAUCAGGCAGUUGAAAACAGGAAUAUGAAAACGAAUGUGCCGAGAAGAAAAUUAUUGUACUCAAAUAGUUUAAAGUAUGGCGAAGGAAGCCCCGGUUUCUUCAGCAAAGAAUCAAACUACGAUUACGCGCAAAAGUUUUAUAGAGAUCAGCCAUAUGAGAAAGAGCGGCUGCAACUACAUUAUUUUCAGAUAAAUUUGAAAAAUGUUACGCAGUUAGCGAAAGCUCGAAUCGACGGAGAAGCUUCAAGAUUUGAAUCAGUUCAAUAUCAUGCUAAUAAAUCAAUGCAAACUUCUUCUACAAAUCUAAAAACUGUCUCGAAAACUCGGUACAUUAAAAGAACGUUAAAAAGUGUUGCGCAAAAAGAAUAUUCGGAUUAUAUGGGCAAUGGGGAUUCUAUGAAAAAUCUCUAUCUUUCGGGUGAUUUGAUUGGUUACAAUUAUGACCCCGAGGAAAGCGAUAAUCAGGAAAAGUUUAACAGAAUAAAUGAUGGAAAUGACGAUCCUGAUUUAGCUAAAUUAUUUGCCAACGGCCAAGAAUAUGACAUAAAUGUCAAAGGAAAGCUUCAUCUUCGGCUUAAAGAUCCUCAAUCAAGAGUCGUCAGUGAAAAAUCAUCAAAAAAAAAGCGCUCCGCAAGGCCAAAUAUCAAAAAAUCCCACAAGAAGAAAGCCGCUCAAUCUGAAGGAAAAUUGGCAGUUCUCGACAAACGUGCUAAACGGAAUCCCAACGAUAACUCAAUCGCCGACGUUCACGAAGGAGACAGUAAUCUUGAGUCAAAGGUUUCGAAUAAAAUCAAAGGGCCUUUAAAAAAGAUAAACGAUUUUUUCAAACGAAAAUUCACUGGUGGUAGUAACAAGAAAAAAUUGUGUAAAAAAAUUCACGCCAAAGCGAAAAUCAUACGGGUGAAGCCAGAACAAGGCGAAGACAAUAGUCACUCGACGUUCUCUCCUCUUUCCGAUCAAUCAACUACGACUUUGGAAUCUCGACGCGGCAAUUGUAAGUGCGUACACGAAAAGUCGACGACGCUUUCGUCCCAAUUCACAACCGUGGUAACUGAUAUCUCGGAGGCGACUGACUACAUCACGCAAUCUACCCAAUCACACGAAAGCAUUACUGAAAGUAAUAAUACCAGUUAUAAGGUUGAUUCGGAAAUUUGCCACUCCCAAGAAAGAAGCACGGAAAUGAGUACUAUAAUUACUGAUGUUACGCCGCAAUAUGUAACGAAUCAACCUGAAACUGAUUACACGAGUACAAACGCUCAGCAAGUUCAUGAAACUGUAUCAGAAGAACCGCCAGAAACAAUAACUACUACAAAUGUAAUUAGCACGAACAAACAGACUGAACAAACGACAAUUAUUUCGAGUAACUGUGAAAGUUUAGAAAGCAAUCCAAAGCAGAAAGAGAAUAUGAAAAAUGUGUUGGAAAUUCUGAAUUUCAUCAAAAAUUUAGAAAAGCUACUGAAAACUCAAAACAAUCCUUUACGAGUCGGAGAUGAAAACGGCGAAAUUGAGAUUAAAUUAGAAAAGAUAUAUGUACAUCCUGGGAAAAAUCGAUCCAACGCUGAGCUGAAAGAUGCAUUGAACGCGGAUGAAAAGAGAAAUAUGUCUAACGUACGUAGCACUUCUGGAGUUAUUCAUCAGUUGGAUGCCGAGAGACCUAUUUCGUCAAUGCCAAACGAAAAUAUUCAAGAUUUGUCAAAUCAAAAUUCUAAAUUUUCAUCAAAUGCUAUAAUCAAAAAUGAUUUGGAUGAUAAUAUUUUUGACGAAGCAAGCCAAACGAUAGAAAAACCGAAAAAGUACGAUAGCGCAAUUCAAGAAACUUAUGUCGAAGCCUUAGUGCCAAAGUCCUCAAAAGUUAACAAAAAAGCGAAUAACAAUAAAUCCUUGCCCGCGAAACAGUGGACUGAUGAGCAAAGAAUCGUCUCAGACGAUCAGUCAUCGUUGCAUGGUCGAGGCUCGACAUCGAGCAACCGGAAGAAAAAGAAGCGACGUAGGAAAAAGAGGAGACGCAGGCUGAGGAAACGGACCAUCAAUGAAGCUCUGGCAUCGCAUAAAAAAAGGCAGGGCGCCUUAUCGGAUUCGAUGUCGUCGACGUCACCACUUCACAAAAACGUAGAAUCAUGA